AUGGCCCCGACUAAACGACUGGCAGAAAAAAAAAUGGAACAUGAGUUGGAAAUGUGCAAACUGAAGGCAGAGUGGCAGCAGGAGAAGAUAAAUGAGUUAAGAGAGGAGAGAGAUUAUUUGAAGGAACAGUUGGCUGCAGCUCUUAAAAAAGAUGGCACAGCAUCCACCUCCGCCCUGGACACAACAUCCACCUCCACAACCCGUUUGUCCUCACAUUCUUCUGACAUCUCAAUGGAAUCCUCCUCUGAGAGCACCUCUGACUCCUCCUUCGACACGUCCUCAUCAGAGGACAAGAAGAAGAAGAGGAGGAAGAAGAAGGGGAAAGGGGAAAAGAAGCGGAAGAAGUCAAAGAAAAUGAACACAAAGACACGUCAGAGAGCCCAAAAUCCAAACCAGGUGGUGGCCCGGUACACCAAAAUACUUAAACUCUUCAAUAAAGGAGGGACCAUGUCUGCUGCUUUCAGUCGGGUCAGCGUGGACCACAACACGGUGGUGGCCAAUGCUCCAAUCGCAGAGCUGUUCCUUGCUGCGCCUAGCAAGUACAAUGAAUUGAUUGAGGACUACAAUGUUCGGCGGGCGAAACUCUCUGCGUUUGCUAUACAAUGUGAGGCUGCAAUUAAGCAGGACCCAGACAUACAGGGUGCAAUCCAAGCCUAUAAGGCUUCUGGAAAGCUGCUGCCCAUCUCAAAGAAGUGA